GCUAUCACAUAAUAUUGUUCAAAGCCAGAAUUUUCCGGUCCAAGCAGCAAAACCUUUGUGUCACGCUUGAUAAAGAAAGAAGAAGUUGAAAAAGGUGCCAAGAAAAACGGGAGUAAGACCGGAGAUCAAGAGCUUGAUUGAAUCACACACUCUCUUCACCUUGCAUUCUUUGAUUUCAAUAGUUUCACUUUCCAUCUUCAUUUUAUCAAAAGUUACAAAACUUUUGCGCAAUUUACAGCAUAAUCAUACACUUGCAUUUUCAAUGGCACCAUCUUCAGAACUUUACGCUUCUAGCAUCAAUGAAAUGAAUGUCGGAUCGCCCCAACCAAAUAAUCUUAGUUCAUACCCACCUGAUAACCUUCACAGUAUUAGACCUUGCUCUCACCUUGACACAGUCUUUGAAACUAAAGCAAAGUCUACCAUCAAGUCCACGUAUCAACAAGCCAUAGCCGUUGUCGUUGCUAACAACAGACUCCUUUGUACACGCUCCCUCUACAAGACAAAGAAAGAUGGCGAAGAUGUUUCCAUCGACAAAGUCUCUGAGUAUAAAGAAAAAGUGCUUAAAUGUUCUUCAUGUGAUGCUCGGAACUUUCAUCUGGUGUUUAUUUGUUUACAGUGUCCUCAUGUGGGGUGUUAUUAUGAACAUGCCAAAAUACACGCAAAGGAACAAAACCAUAUGUUCGCAAUCGAUUCAAAUAAUGGUUUACUUUUCUGUUUUCAGUGUCAUGAUUACACAAACCAUCUUGAACUCAAUCGAAUUCGUCUUUCGGCUGUUCUUUCAAAAGAGGAUGCCCGUCAUUCUGAUAUUGAUUCACUAGAAGAGUUUGAAGGGUACGUCAAACCCUCUCUACAAGCCGCAAUGGGUAUAAAAGGUCUUGUCAAUCUUGGAUCGACAUGCUUCAUGAGCUGUAUUCUUCAAACUAUGCUACAUAAUCCGCUUGUACGCUUUCAUUUUUUUCAUAAUGAUUUCCAUUAUUUCAAUUGUGAAUCGCAAACCCAUUAUUCUAGCGGUGAUGAUCAAAUAGACGAAAUCACUGCCUGUGUUACAUGCCUGAUUGACUCAGCUUUCAAAGAAAUUUUUACUUCAUCGAUGUCAGAAGGCUUCGGUAUUACAAAUUUGCUAACUACUGCCUGGUAUAAGCAACGACUGCUUGCAGGAUUUCUGGAACAAGAUGCUCACGAAUUCUGGCAAUUUUUACUCAAUGAGUUCCACAAUGAUUAUGAGAGAGUCUCCAAACUCCUGGAUGAGUCCUCAAGUGAAUGCAAGUGUGUAAUGCACUCUGUAUUCAUGGGCGAGUUAGAGAGCUCGGUAGUGUGCAGCACGUGUGGACUGGUCACCAAAAAGGUUGAUCCAUUAGUUGAUUUAGCUCUUGAAAUCAAUGACAUGAAUGGAAACUCUACCUUGUACGAUUGUCUUGAUCAAUUUACUCGUGACGAGCUUUUGGAUGUCAAGUAUCGAUGCAGAUCGUGCCGCAAUGAAACGCAGGCCCAUCGCAACCUUCGUAUUAAAACGAUUCCGCCUGUGCUCUCUUUCCAGCUAAAGAGAUUCAAACACAAUUUUGCAAACGACACCUCGUCGAAGAUUGAAGAACAUGUUGACGUUCCACUUUUCUUAGAUUUGACGAAGUACACUUCCGAAUUUAUUGGACCCACUGAAGAAAGUACGGAUGCAACCAAAGUGUAUGAACUCUUUGCCAUAGUAAACCAUACAGGACUGGUAAACACAGGUCACUACAUCACAUAUAUCAAAAACACCACAGGUCAAUGGCUCAAAUUCGAUGAUAGUAUAAUUACUGCCGCUUCACAUGAAGAACUUAAGGCUACCAACGCCUACUUGCUAUUUUAUAUAGUUCACAAUAUUUAGCAUUGUAGGUUUUUCUUGCCCAGCCCUUUAAUCAAUUAGGCAAUUGCUUAUAAUUUAUUGAAAAUGAUAAAUAUCAACACAGAAUGAUUUGAAAAUAAAACAUGCUGCCU